GGUCUCUUGAAAUGCAGGCAUUGCUAGAUGUCCUCUAAACCUUCAGUCUUGUCUGCUUCAGUUUACUACUGAGUAACUCAUCAUAUCAUUAGUCUACCUUAUUUGGACUGAAUGUUUCAUUUUGCUGUCACAAUGGCUAUAAACAAAGCAAUCAGCAGCAGCAUGUACAGGAUGGGAGCAUCUAUGCAGGAGUUGAUGGUUAUAGCCAGCCAAGGCCUACUGUAGUACUGGCAGGAGGAAGACAGAGAGGAAACCAUGGAGAGAAUCCUGCCCAAAUAUUUCCCUUUCUUUACUAUGUUGGCACUGAUAGGACUCAUAUUCCUGCUGCGGAAUAUCACCUCAUUGGAACACUGGACAUGUCAGACAGUAUCUACCUUCCAUCAGCUUCAAAACAGCAUACAGUCUGCCUUGAAGACCUCAGAAAUGGUGCUACCAGAGAAGUUCAACUACUCUUACUGUGUCCACCUUGGCCAGAAGCCCUCUGCAGAGGAGACCAGAGAGGAGAGCAAUCUUCUCAAAUCCAUCGCCUGGCCAGAGCCACUGGUCUUAGGGUUGCCCUUGCGCCAAAGUAGUGAUCCUGCACAAAGCUAUUAUAUAAUCCAAAACUCUGGGGACCUGCAGGUGGGUGGACAGCUCGUAGCGAAGGUACAGAUGCAAAACUUUAUUGGUCAGCCUAAAAAACACGGAGGAGACUUCCUAGUUGCACGACUUCACACACCAGAACUGAGGGCAGGUGUGGCAGGUCAGGUACAUGACCACAGAGAUGGAAACUACACAGUUUUUUUUCCACUGCUUUGGGUUGGUGUUGUACAGGUGGAACUGACCAUGGUUCACUCAAGUGAAGCGAUAAUGGUACUUAGGCGACUGAGAGAGGAGCAAUCGGACCGAGUCUUUUUCAAGAGCCUUUUCCGCUCAGGGUACCUCUCUGAGACCACUGUUUGUAAUCUGUGUCUGUCAGUGAAUCAGCAGCCGCUUUGCAAUUAUACAGACCCCCAGACCGGAGAAACUUGGAACUGCUAUAAGCCCAAAAUGUUGGACUGUGAAACACGAAUCAACCACUCAAAAGGAGGCUAUAAAAAACACCUGCUCACUGUGUACGAGUCACAGUUCUUCCAAAGUGGAAUAAAUAUCAAAAUGCCAAUACAUGCUGCAGGGAUUGAGAAUGUGAUUGUUCAACCUGCUUCUAAAGAGCAAAUCAAAGAGAAAAACCUUGAAUACAUUCCCUCCGGGUAUUACUACCAAGGAUUGUGGAGGUCAUUGAGUGGUGUCACCAUGCGCCAGUUUAAUGACUCUUCAGCUAUUACCCAGUGUCUUAGAGGGAAGAUGGUGUACAUGUAUGGAGACUCCACUGUCCGACAGUUGUACGAAUAUCUCAUUGCUAACGUUCCAGAAUUCAAGGAAUUCAGUUUUCAUAGCCCGAAGAAUGUUGGCCCACACAUGGCAGUAGACAGCAGUGACAACAUACUGUUAAGGUACCGCUGUCAUGGCCCGCCGAUCCGGUUCACAUCUGUUUACGCAGCUGAAAUGCACUAUAUCUCCAAUGAGCUGGAUGCCUUACGAGGGGGCUCAGACACAGUGAUUUUGAUUAGCAUCUGGUCACAUUUCAGCACUUUCCCAGUGCAGGUGUUCAUACGGCGCCUGCGGCACAUUCGCAGGGCAGUGAUUCGACUGUUGAACCGGGAACCAGCAACAUUGGUGCUGCUCCGCACAGCCAACCUCCAGAAACUGGAUCCGGAAUCCAGCUUAUACAACAGCGACUGGUUCUCUCAACAGCUUGAUAUGGUGCUCAGAACCAUGUUUAAAGGACUGAAUGUCCAUCUGGUGGAUGCCUGGGAGAUGAUGCUUGCUCACCACCAUCCUCAUGAGCUACACCCUCCACCUGCCAUCAUAUCAAAUAUGAUUAACUGCAUCCUUUCCCACAUCUGCCCUGUUAGGAGAAAGAGAAGGCGGAGUUAGCCAAUGCAAGGCUAAACUUGGAAUAUUUGGGAGUGCCUGUGGUCAGAGUAAUGACUUAUUAAGGGGAUAGUUUUGGAAUGUGGCACCAAAAGCUGCUCUUCACAUUUUCUCUUACCUUCAUGUUUGAGACCAGCCCUUGUUAUCUGUUAUGAGGGCUGGACUGGUAAUCUGGCCUACCGGGCAUUUUCCAGGUGGGCCGACGCACUUUGGGGCCGAUCAGGGGGCAGAAUGGCCAGCGGGAGAACCGAGCGGGCUGAUGAGUCGACCGCGAAACGUGCUGAAUGGGCCACGACAAUCUAAAAUGAGCCGUCGCAUUAUGAAGAACGGACCACAAAAUGCACUUUUGGGCCAGUUGCUAUUUAAAACCCCAGGCCGAUUUCUCUUCCCAGUCCAGCCCUGUCUGUUAUCUAUCCAGUUAUUUUAAUAAGUGAGAAUUAGGGCUGGGCAAUAAAUGGAAUAUCCACAAUAUAUUCGCCAUGAUUUUGCUGGCAAUACAAAAUUAAGCAAUAUCAUAAUAAUUUUAAUCUGCAUUUUAUUAGCCCAUUACAUUUCCUGAAGAACGUGUUAGUAGACUAGUAUCAUGAUCCCUCCUUGUUUUGCGAUUUAUGACUAAUUUACUCAUCAUUUACUUUCUGUGAUAGAACAUUAAGGAGAAAUUAAGCAGAAUAUUAGCCACAGUCACCAUUCACUUUCAAAAUAUGGAAAAAAGAUACAUUGAAAGUGAAUGGUGUCUGAGGAAAAUUAAUGUAAUUGACUGCAAAGGAUUUGCAACCAAGUAUUAAAAAGUGAAAGUUUGAUUUAUGAUUGUUAAUCUGUCCCAUUACUUUUGGUCCCUUAAAAAGUGGGAGGCACAUAUACAAACUGUUGUAAUUCCUACACCGUUCACCUGAUUUGGAUGUAAAUACCCUCAAAUUAAAGCUGAAAGUCUGCAGUUAAAGCACAACUUGCUCGUUUCAUUUCAAAUCCAUUGUGGUGGUGUAUAGAGCCAAAAGAUUUGAAUUGUGUCGAUGUCCCAA